ACGUCGCCGCGGACCGGACCGGCGGCGAGGCGCGGCCUUCUCCCCCCGACCCGGCGGCCGGCGGCCCGUGCUCCCCAGGAUGCCGGAGGCAAAUGCGGGUGCCCGCGGCGGCGGCGAGCAGCGCAGCAAGAGCUCAGACGUGAUGAGUUUCUUCAGCGAAUAUGGAGAUGCCAGCAGAUACAAGAUCGAAGAGAUCAUUGGCAAAGGGAGCUACGGAGUCGUGUGUUCAGCCAUCGACCGGCAAACCGGAGACAAGGUGGCGAUAAAGAAGAUAUCCAACAUCUUCGAGCAUAUCACCGACGCCGCCCGGAUCCUCCGCGAAAUCAAGCUUCUCCGGCUUCUCAGGCACCCCGACAUCGUCCAGAUCAAGCACAUAAUGCUGCCUCCGUCCAGGAGGGACUUCAAGGACAUAUUCGUUGUCUUUGAGCUCAUGGACACCGACCUCCACCAGGUUAUCAAGGCCAAUGAUGACCUCACAAAGGAGCACUUCCAGUUCUUUCUAUACCAGAUGCUCCGUGCCAUGAAAUAUAUCCAUACCGCUAACGUUUAUCACCGUGAUUUGAAGCCAAAAAAUAUAUUGGCAAACGCUAACUGCAAACUCAAGAUAUGUGAUUUUGGACUAGCAAGAGUUGCAUUCAAUGACACCCCUACAACUGUUUUCUGGACGGACUAUGUUGCGACUAGGUGGUACAGAGCUCCGGAGCUGUGUGGUUCUUUCUUCACCAAGUAUUCACCGGCUAUUGAUACAUGGAGCAUUGGUUGCAUUUUUGCGGAGAUCUUGACAGGAAAGCCUUUGUUCCCUGGUAAAAAUGUGGUUCACCAGUUGGAUUUGAUGACUGAUUUCUUAGGCUCACCAUCGCCUGACAUUAUUUCUCGGAUUCGAAAUGAGAAGGCAAGGAGGUAUCUGAGCACCAUGAGGAAGAAGCUGCCAGUACCUUUUUCAGAAAAGUUCCCCAACGCAGAUCCUGCAGCAGUCAAGCUCUUGCAAAAGCUUCUAGCAUUUGAUCCAAAGGACCGACCGACUGCUGAAGAGGCGUUGGCUGACCCCUAUUUCAAAGGUCUUGCGAAAGUGGAGAGAGAGCCAUCAUGCCAACCGAUUUCGAAAAUGGAGUUUGAGUUUGAACGGAGAAAGUUUACCAAAGAGGAGGUCAAGGAACUUAUAUUCAGGGAGAUAUUGGAGUACCACCCUCAGCUUCUCAAGGAUUACACCAACGGCUCAGAGAAAACCAACUUUCUAUAUCCUAGUGCCGUCGACAACUUCCGGAGGCAAUUUGCUAACUUAGAGGAAGAUGGAGGAAAAGGCGGGGCACCCGAGAGGAAGCAUGUUUCUCUGCCGAGGACUACAACAGUUCACUCUACCCCAAUUCCUACAACAAGUGGUCCGGCAUCCCAAGCUCCUCAAAGGAUCCCAACAGCUAGACCAGGCAGAGUGGUUGCCUCGGCGACACCGAUCGAGAACGCGGCCUUCGCCGAUCGACAAACGGGUCGAAGGAUGUCGAGGGACCCUGCGGCGCCUCCAGCAGCAGCUGCCGCGGGCUACACCCUGAGGCCGGAUUGCCCCGACAGGCAACAGCAGCAGCAGCAGCAGGAACUGGAAAAGGACCGCACGCGCUACAGGCCGGCGCUCCAUUUCAGGGACGCCAGGGUCGCGCCCGAGGCCGAGGCGCGGCCCUCGGCCUACUACAUUCCCCCGUUCAACGGCAUAGCCGCGGUCGCCGGUGGGUACAGCAAGGUCGGCGCGGCCGCAAGGAUGUACUAGGGCGGGCAAUGGGCACCGGAGGACGGUGGCCGGGUCGCCGCUCCAGCGAAGGCAGGGGCUGGGAGGGUGAACUCGUCUCAAACUUAGGAGGUACUAGGAAACAGUGGAACAGGUGGUGCUCUUGUCUUGUGUACAUAUUACCGGCAUUCAAGCAAUUGGUUGGUUGGUUCCGUGGUCUGCUGCUGCUGCUGUUUCCUGGGUUGAUAGAUAGAUAGGUUGAGAGUUGAAACAGUAUGCUCUGCUCUGAGAGGUGAAAUGGCCUCUGUUGAGGAGGGAGGAGGGGGUUGGGGGCUGUAGAGUUUUUCGACUUUUUUGUUUUGUUUUGUUUCCGGAUGGUGUUAAUAGGAUGGAUGAAUAAAUGGAUGAUGGGAGCUCUGAUGGGCUUCUCCGUUGGUCAA